GGUUGUAUAGUUUAAGUGUAUUCAUUAUUUCUUAACAAAUCAAUUGUUGGUUAUUCGACUCAAAGUCCAUUUAUAACAAACAGUUAUAUGAUUGGUAUUAGUUCCAAUCAUUUGUAUAUUUACAUUGUAACAUUUAACUGUAUUUCAAAACGUAGUCGGAAUACUUCAACUCGAAACAAGCACAUUCCAUUCAGUCAAUAAAUGUAAAUUGAGAUCGUCAAUAAACAUCAUCAGUAUUGUUCUGCAAUAUGGGUUUCAGAAUAAAGCAUAUAUUUCAACAGAAUGCUCUACAACCCAAAUUACCAUAUACUGCGAUGGUUUUAAUACUUACUAGUGUACUAUCAGUUUUAUCAAUCAUCGUAACACUAACCUUAUUCUUGUUGUAAGCUAAUUGAUGAUCAAAAUUAUUAUUCAUUAGAAAAGAAGAAUUUAAAACGGUUACAUGUAUAACAAUUUUCACAAGUGUAUUCAAGUAUGUUCAGUUUAUACUUACAUCAUGUGCUUAUAUUCAAUCAUCAUAUCAUUAUUAAUGAAUAUAAUAUUACAGUUAUUUACAACAUUAAGUAAGCUACCUCUAUAUGACAUCAUUCAGAUAGGUUUCAAUACAUUUUAACGUGUUUUUAAUUAUUCAACUAAAGAUAAUACAGAUUUUGUUCAUAAUGUAAGUUGAAUAAUCAUAAAUAUCAUCAGUGUGUAAUGUGGCGUCGAGUCACGGUUGACUAUGAUCACCACUAGAGGAAGACUACGUGCUAGUUAACUGAUAAGAUCCCCCAUAGGCCAAAUAUCAGAAGGCAGUUGAUGACUGUGGUCGAGAUGUAUUUGUGGGCGAUCUCGUAGUAUCGAAAAAAGACAGAGAUCAUGUCAGAUUACAACUAUGAUUACUGAGCGUAACCGAAUUCGUGCAAGGUCACAAUCAACGGAAGAAUGUAUGUGUUUUGGUACAGUUAAACAAACAAGUACAGUAAAACAAUCCGCGGUACAAUUGGUUAUAAUAAUAGUUUCCAUUACACCAAUGACGUGUAGGUCACUACAAGUGUAUGGAAAAAUAUAUCGCAUUCUACCAUGUUAAUUUUUACACAGAUAUGUAUAUGAACAUAUUCGCGUUUAAUAUCUGUCGUAUCCCACUGGAAUAUAUUUUAAAUCAUUACAAAUCUGUAUAAAUCCAAUCAAAUGUUUGUUUGUUUUAAGUUAACCAGAGUGGAAUGUUACAAUAUAUUCGUUUUUCUCUUAAAUGUAAUUAACUUUACAAGUGGAGUCUACGAACUUGUAACAAGAUUAUUGUUACAAAACAAUUUAUAUUAUCAAAGGAAUAGAAGUAUCAAGUGAUAGUUUACCUACCAUCAGUUAAACCUCCAAGCUUCCGAUGAUUUGAUGUAUGAAGUUAUGUUGAAUAGGCAGAUAUUUUGUCAUUCCUUAAAAACUUUCAUCAAUCAUUCACACAUAUAACAUAUAAUGUGAUGUGAAAAUGUGGAUAUGUACUGACUAAACACGAAUUAACUGGAAACAAGACGGCUACUCUUAGAAUCUUUCAUUUCAGCUGGAUGUGAAAUAUAAGAGAAGACAAUUCAACUUAUGACUGAGGAAAAUUUCUAUUUUGAAAAUGUAUCACCGUUUUCAUACAUUCUUCCGACUUAAAAUUAAUUAACUUAUUUAAACUUAUUUGUUCAAUAAUAGAACCGAUCCUUUCAAUAAUAGGGUUCUGAUCACGUAGCCACAUGAAUUGAAAUAUAUAACUUGUUAUAAUUUCUGUCUUAUAGAUCAGGACUUUAAAUAUUGGCUUCUAAAUGGGUCAACUUUUAAUUAAACCGUAUACUGUCCCACCAGAUCCUUUUCAACAAAGAAUAAUCGGUUUUACUGAGUAUUUAUUGCAGAUUACUUCGAAAUGAACAAGUCACUCUGAACAAGGCAUGAUCAUAUCAAAUAGAUGAGUACGAUAAUGAGUUCCUAAUGAAGUUGAUAUGUUUCAUAAUUAAUUUGAUGGAUUACAAGUGUUUAUAUAUAUAUAUAUAUAUGAAGCAUAUCAUCUUCAUUAAGAACUCAUUACCGUACUCACCCAUUUGAUGAUAGAAGAAUUGUAAACACUCCCAUUGAUCCUGAGUUAGAUCCACUGUUACGGGAUCGAUACUACUGAUAAGAUCUAUAAGAGGACGACACAGUUUACCGAUGUUCUAGCUAAAAACAUUGAUUUAAAACUAAGUGUUAACAGUGUUUCUUUAUUUAAAAUCAGAUUAUUUAUACAACAUUGAUCAUCAUUAUCUAUAUCUUCCAAAUCAACUCAGUCUACUUACGUAUUCUUAAUAUUGUUAUGAAGUACUCCGAUGUUCUACUCACUACGUUAUUAAAUAUACACAAAUAAAAAGAAAUAUAUAAUGAAUAUAAUGUUGUUUUUUCCCAGUAUUAUUGGUUUUUUUCUAGGAAUGAUGUUGGUUAUUUUACGGAAGAUGAGAGAAACGUAUCCCUUGAAUAUAAUAAUGUUAAUUUUAUACGGAUUGGCUAUAUCUGCAGCUCAUGGAUACUCUAUCAUCAAUGUGGAAAUUCUAGUAAAAGUCAUAGCAUGGGUUAUUGCUUUCGUGUUGCUUUCGAUUUUGGUCCCGGUUGGUAUGGUUAUAAAGACUGACUUAAGUCAAUAUACAAGUGUAUUUAUGAUUUACUGUGUUGCAGAACUUUCCACAAUCACAGUAGUAUUUAUCGGUCUUAUUAUAGCAGGUUACACACAGGUGGCUUUGGCUGUUUAUGUGGCCGGGGUAUUGCCCAUAUUGAUUCCUCUUGCUAUUGGUUUCGGGCAGCUUACAUUUAGUACAAUUUCCAGUUAUACUUACUAUCCGGAUUACUGUCUGGCAUCAUUGACUUUAUUCACUACGCUAUUGGGAUUUUUUAUUACCAUCAGUGUAGAAGCUCAUUUCAUUACAUUGCUAAUCAAAAACAAUACUACCGUUAAACUACUGUAAAUGCCUCAUUAAAAGCAUCAAUACAUAUAUAUUAUUUA